AUGGCCCCUUCUGGAAGAACAACAACAGGAAGAACAACAAACAAAACAUCAGGGACCACAAAAACUUCAACAGGAAGAAGAACAAGAACAAGACAACCAAGAAGAACAUGCUGCAAGAAGAACAAAAAACAAGAGGUGAUUAACAAGGUUUUGCCUUCUAGCUGUUUGAGAAAAAGCUCAGAAGAAUCUUCAAAGGAAGAAAGGGAAGAGAACAAUGAAAUUUCUGAGGUAAUUGAUGUUUCUGUUAGUAACAGUGCAUGUUCAACACCAAAAGGUCAGAAAUUUAGGAUACCAGAGAUUUCAACAUGUCCUCCGGCACCAAAGAAACAAAGGGUAGUUUCAAAUUGUUCUUUGAGAAGGUCACCACUUUCAUUCUUUGUACCUCCUGAUUUGGAUAACUUUUUCUUGGUGACACUUCCUGAUGUUUCUGUUUGA